UCCUCCUCUCCCUUCCCCCCCUCCUUCUGUGUCAUUCCGUCUAGCCCUAUCUGGGGGUGGGGUGGGGGACCCCAGAGACUGGACACCCCAGGACUUCAGCAGGGGGAGGGGUCCACAAGAGAGAGAGAAAGACAGACAGAGACCCACAGCCGCCGUACCAAGCUGUGUCCCUCAAAUCCACCUCAAGCCCGGCCUCCUCCCGCAGCCUGGCCAGGCCAUGGGUAUCAAGACAGCACUGCCUGCGGCCGAGCUAGGCGUCUACUCCCUGGUGCUGAGUGGAGCUCUGGCCUACGCCGGCCAGGCUCUCCUGGAGGCGUCACAAGAUGGCGCCCGCAGGAAGACCUUCCGCGAGUCCGUGCGGCCGGGCUGGGAAUACAUCGGCCGGAAGAUGGACGUGGCGGACUUCGAGUGGGUGAUGUGGUUCACGUCCUUCCGCAACAUCAUCGUCUUCGCCCUGUCGGGCCACGUGCUGUUCGCAAAGCUCUGCACCAUGAGUGGGUUCGUCACGGGCACUUUUGAUCUUCAAGACGUCCUGUUCCACGGGGGCAGCGGCUUCACGGUGCUGCGCUGCACCAGCUUCGCGCUGGAGGCCUGCGCCCACCCCGACCGCCGCUACUCCCUCGCCGACCUCCUCAAGUACAACUUCUACCUGCCCUUCUUCUUCUUCGGGCCGGUCAUGACCUUCGACCGCUUCCACGAGCAGGUGAGCCAGGUGGAGCCAACAAGGGCCGAGGGUGAGCUGUGGCGGAUCCGGGCCCAGGCGGGGGUCAGCGUGGUGGCCAUUCUAGCGGUGGACAUCUUCUUCCACUUCUUCUACAUCCUCACCAUCCCUAGUGACCUCAAGUUUGCCAGCCGCCUCCCGGACAGCGCCCUCGCCGGCCUGGCCUACGCGAACCUGCUGUACGACUGGGUGAAGGCGGCCGUGCUGUUCGGCGUGGUGGGCGCCGUGGCGCGGCUGGACCACCUGCAGCCGCCCGCGCCGCCCAAGUGCAUCACGGCGCUCUACGUCUUCGGGGAGACGCACUUCGACAGGGGCAUCAACGACUGGCUUUGCAAAUACGUCUACGAUCACCUUGGAGGGGAUCACACCUCCGUGGUCCCAGAGCUCGUGGCCUCUGUGGCCACAUUCGCCGUUACCACUCUGUGGCUUGGGCCGUGUGACAUCGUGUACCUCUGGUCCUUCCUUAACUGCUUUGGCCUCAACUUCGAACUCUGGGUGCAGAAGCUGGCGGAGUGUGCACCUCUGGCACACAUCGAGGGCUCUCUGUCGGAGCAGAUGUCUCGCAGGGUUCGAGGCCUCUUUGGAGCUAUCAACUACUGGGCUAUCAUCAUGUACAACCUCGUGAGCCUCAACAGCCUGGCGUUCACCGAGCUGGUGGCCCAACGCCUGCUCCUCACAGGCUUCCCUCAGACCACACUGGCCAUUUUGUUUGUCACCUACUGUGGGGUCCAGCUGGUGAAGGAGCGGGAGCGAACCCUGGCACUGGAUGAGGAGCAGGGGCAGGACAAAGAGAAGCCGGAGUAGAUGGAUGGGAGGGCAACGCGUUGAUUGGCUGUGGAUGAGGAGUAAGGGGCGGGACAGAGAGGAGCUGGAGUAGAUGCAUGGGAGGGCAUUGAUUGGUUGUGGAUGCAGAGCGGGGGCGGGACAGAGAGGAGCUGGAGUAGAUGGAUGGCAGGGCGCUGAUUGGCUGUGGAUGAGGAGCAGGGGCGGGGCAGAGAGGAGCCGGAGAUGGAUGGGAGGUGAA